AUGUCUUCCAUUUCAGUCGUGGUGAAACACCAAGGGAAGAAGCACGAUGUCGAAAUCGAUUCUAGCUCUACCGGCGAAGACUUCAAGCUCCAAAUGUUCAGCUUGACCAAUGUGGAGCCUGAACGCCAAAAGAUCCUCAUAAAGGGUGGCCAGCUCAAGGACGAUGCCGACAUGAGCAAGUUAGGCCUCAAGUCCGGCCAAGUCAUUAUGAUGAUGGGUACCCCGAGCGCUGGCGGUGGUGAGCUUGUCCGACCGAAAGAGGCCAUCAAGUUUGUCGAGGACAUGACAGAAGCUGAGCAAGCUCAACAAGUCGGUGCGACUCCCGCCGGCCUUAUCAAUCUUGGAAACACAUGCUAUCUCAAUUCCACCCUUCAGACCCUGCGCGUGAUCCCUGAGCUUCAGGAUGCUCUGGAAAAGUAUAGUCCUGAGAGUGGCGGCAACAGCAACUUAAUGGUGGCAAGCACAAGCAUGGACAUUGCAUCUCAACUUUCGAGUCUGUACAAGAGGAUGGGAACAACACAGGCACCAUUGCCUCCUUUGACCUUCCUGGGUGCACUGCGAGCUGUGUUCCCUCAAUUCGCGGAAAAGUCCAAGACAGGACAAGGCUAUGCUCAGCAGGAUGCAGAGGAGGCUUGGUCCCAGAUCGUGCAGCAACUUAACCAGAAGCUCCGAAUCACCGGUAGUGAAAACUCGCCCGAGGAAUCCUUUGUGGAGAAGUAUAUGUCUGGUGAAUUUUCUUCUGUGCUGAAAUGCGAUGAGGAGCAGGCCUCCGUUGAGGGCGAAUCGCCCGUCGUCGCUACGGAAAGGUUUGCCAAACUCAACUGCCACAUCGACAGCUCGACGAACCAUCUCCGAGACGGCAUUCUUGCCGCACUAGAGGAAAAGUUUGAGAAGGAGUCUGGAGUUCUAGGCCGCAAUGCUCUUUACACCAGAACCUCCAAGAUCUCCCGUGCUCCUAAAUACUUGACUGUGCAUUUUGUGCGUUUCUUCUGGAAAAGAGAGACGCAGAAGAAAGCCAAGAUCAUGCGAAAAGUCACUUUCCCAAAGGAGCUUGAUAUUGUUGAGUUCUGUUCCGAUGAGCUGAAAAGCGCUCUGGUUCCUGUACGCGACAAGGUUCGCGAGAUUCGCAAGGACGAGGAGGAUAUCGAGCGUGCCCGCAAGAGACGUAAGAAGACUCAUGACCAGGAUGUCGGCGAUAUCCCUGGCGGUGCUGGCCUUCCUACCGAGAAGGAGAAGAAGGAAGCCGAGAAGAAGCAGGAGGGCAAGUCGACUGAUGGAGACACUGUUAUGGGCGAGGAGGGUGAGACAUACAAGACUGAUGCCGACAUUGAGACUGAAAGGAAUGCCUCCAUCAUUGAGGCCAAGAAGGAGCUGAACGCACUCAUCAACCCCGACUUGCGCAACGACGAUGGUGCCAACCAGUCUGGUCUUUAUGAGCUCCGCGGUGUCAUAACACACCAAGGUGCCAGCGCAGACAGUGGUCACUACACUUCUUAUGUUAAGAAGUCUGCUCCUGUUGACCCCAAGACUGGCAAGAAGGGCGAGGAGGAUGGCAAGUGGUGGUGGUUCAACGACGACAAAGUGACAGAAGUUGAAGCUGAGAAGAUCGACACACUUGCUGGUGGCGGUGAAUCUCAUUCAGCUCUCGUUCUUCUAUACUGCGCCAUUCCUUUGCCUUCUGCCGAAGGUGUUAUGGAGUAA